AUGCUCCUCCACCCUCAUGCUCCUCCACCCUCAUGCUCCUCCACCCUCAUGCUCCUCCACCCUCAUGCUCCUCCACCCUCAUGCUCCUCCACCCUCAUGCUCCUCCACCCUCAUGCUCCUCCACCCCUCAUGCUCCUCCACCCUCAUGCUCCACCACCCCGCAUGUUCCUCCACCCUUAUGCUCCUCCACCCUCAUGCUCCUCCACCCCUCACGUUUCUCCACCCCUCAUGUUCCUCCACCCCCUCAUGUUCCUCCACCCCCUCAUGUUCCUCCACCCCUCAUGCUCCUUCACCCCUCAUGCUCCUCCACCCUCAUGCUCCUCCACCCUCAAGCUCCUCCACCCUCAUGCUCCUCCACCCUCAUGCUCCUCCACCCCUCAUGCUCCUCCACCCCCUCAUGUUCCUCCACACCCUCAUGCUCCUCCACCCCUCAUGCUCCUUCACCCCACAUGCUCCUUUACCCCUCAUGCUCCUCCACCCUCAUGCUCCUCCACCCUCAUGCUCCUCCACCCUCAUGCUCCUCCACCCUCAUGUUCCUCCACCCUCAUGCUCCUCCACCCUCAUGCUCCUCCACCCUCAUGCUCCUCCACCCCUCAUGCUCCUCCACCCCCUCAUGUUCCUCCACACCCUCAUGCUCCUCCACCCCUCAUGCUCCUUCACCCCACAUGCUCCUUUACCCCUCAUGCUCCUCCACCCUCAUGCUCCUCCACCCUCAUGCUCCUCCACCCUCAUGCUCCUCCACCCUCAUGUUCCUCCACCCUCAUGCUCCUCCACCCUCAUGCUCCUCCACCCCUCAUGCUCCUCCACCCCUCACGCUCCUCCACCCCUCAUGUUCCUCCACCCUCACGCUCCUCCACCCUCACGCUCCUCCACCCUCAUGCUCCUCCACCCUCAUGCUCCUCCACCCUCAUGCUCCUCCACCCUCAUGCUCCUCCACCCUCACGCUCCUCCACCCUCACGCUCCUCCACCCUCAUGCUCCUCCACCCUCACGCUCCUCCACCCUCACGCUCCUCCACCCUCAUGCUCCUCCACCCUCACGCUCCUCCACCCUCACGCUCCGUUGA